CCGAACCGCCCAGCGGCGGCCUCGGAAGGGAGUUUCCAGCGGCUCCUUCGCAGCCGCCUCCCCGCCCCCCAUCCGGGUUCCCCUCGCCCCCCGCGAGGAGCUCCUCCUGCUCCUCCGCGUGCGCCCUCCGAGGGGCGCAGGUGCCGCUGUCCCGGCCGCGGCCGCUGCCCCGCCGACGCCGCCUCCUCCGCGCCGGCCCGGGGGCUUGACCGGCGCCGCGGCACCAAGAGGCUCCCGCGCCCCCGGCUCCCCGCCCUCCCGCGCGACCCCGCGCCCCAGCGGGCGGCGCUUGCCGAGGGCAGGGGGCGGGAGGGGAGCGCCCGUCCGGGGGAGCCGCCCCCGCCGCCCUCCGCCGCCGCCCCGGCAGCCCGGCCUGCGCGCCUCCUCCCCGGCGCCCGCCCGCCCGCCUGCCCGCGGCGGCCGGAGCAGCGGCCAGCAGCAUGCUCUACUUCCAGAUGGUGAUCAUGGCAGGCACCGUGAUGCUGGCGUACUACUUCGAGUACACGGACACGUUCGCCGUGAACGUGCAGGGCUUCUUCUGUCACGACAGCGCCUACCGCAAGCCCUACCCGGGCCCGGAGGACAGCAGCGCCGUGCCGCCCGCGCUCCUCUACUCGCUGGCCGCCGGGGUCCCCGCGCUCGUGAUAAUAGUUGGAGAGACCGCGGUGUUUUGCCUACAACUAGCCACAAGGGAUUUUGAAAACCAGGAGAAAACGAUUUUAACCGGAGACUGUUGCUACAUAAACCCACUGGUGCGGAGGACUGUGCGAUUUCUCGGCAUCUACACGUUCGGCCUGUUCGCCACGGACAUCUUCGUGAACGCCGGGCAGGUGGUGACGGGGAACCUGGCGCCCCACUUCCUGGCCCUGUGCCGGCCCAACUACACGGCGCUGGGCUGCCAGCAGCUCACGCAGUUCAUCAGCGGCGAGGAGGCCUGCACGGGCGACCCCGAGCUCAUCCUCCGGGCCCGGAAGACCUUCCCGUCCAAGGAGGCGGCGCUCAGCGUCUACGCGGCCGUGUACCUGACGAUGUACAUCACCAGCACCAUCAAAGCCAAGGGCACGCGCCUCGCCAAGCCUGUCCUGUGCCUGGGCCUCCUGUGCGUGGCUUUCCUCACCGGCCUCAACCGGGUGGCCGAGCACCGGAACCACUGGUCGGACGUCAUAGCCGGCUUCCUGGUGGGGACAGCGAUAGCCGUGUUCCUGGUGGUGUGCGUGGUGAGUAACUUCCGGGGAAGACACCCCGAGAGCGAGCACGCCCGCGCGGCCGACCUGGCGCACGCACCGAUGAUCAGCAUCCCGCGGGUGGAGAGUCCGCUGGAAAAGGUGUCCCGAGGCCAACCUGCCGAGGGUGGCGAAGAGCACGCGCAGGGGCGGCCCCUGAAGGACUGCCUCGCUCGGCUCUUCGGCUGGGUGCUGGGGAUGAGCCGCCGCGAACACCUCCGAUUAAGGCAAUAAACAACCACAUCACCGCCUUCGCGGAAGUCACAUGAUACGGAAGCCGCCGGGGUUUCCCUGCACUGGACGUCGUCCCUUUUCACCGUCCAUUCCUAACACCCAAAGUUUGUCCGACUGCAGAAGGAGUUUCUCAAGUUGUCUAAUGAUUUCUAUAAGUUUAAAGUCAGUGUCAACGUGUCCGUUUCCCCCACUAGACUGUGAGCUCCUCAAAGGCAGGGCCGUGUCUCUCUUCUCCGGGUCCCCGGCACCUACAACACAGCCUCGCACACAGUAGGUGUUCAGUUAACGCGGGAGGCCCGGGCGAGCCCCUUCAUUCUGAAAUAAAACACCCACCUGAGUCCUCACAGAAUCCCUGGGGCU